UUGAUCUUUCAGGUGUUCCCGGCUGCUAGACGCCGUUUAACUUUUUUCCUCAUCGGUUACGGAGUUCCCGCACUAAUCACCGCAGCUGCGGCUUAUUACGAUCCUACAGGCUUUGGCACCCGCCAUCACUGCUGGCUUCGAACGGAUAACCUGUUCAUACUUUUCUUUGUUGCACCAGCUGCUAUCAUACUGCUGACGAACACAAUGUUCCUGUUUAUGACAAUGUGUAUUGUCUACAGACAUUCCAAAUAUAUCCCAUGUAGACAUGCUACGGACAAUGGUGGAGAUAUUAGAACUUGGGUGAAGGGCGCAAUGGGCUUAGUAUGUCUUCUUGGCAUAACUUGGACUUGUGGACUAUUGUGGAUUGACGAUGGGCAUUCAAUAGUGAUGGCUUACGCUUUCACCAUAUUCAACUCGUUGCAGGGAUUAUUCAUCUUUGUCUUCCAUGUAGUCUUUUCGGAAAAGAUGCGCCAUGAUAUGUCCCGCUGGUGUAGCCGACGUCAUCUGCCGUGGACUGCUUCGGGCUCUCAUGACAUUACCAAGGAUUCUCACAAGCGUGGUACAAUGUCACCAUCAGACAGAAGUGGAACUGGCAGCGAAUUCAUCGUAAGUUGA